CAUCGAUUGAUUUCGAUUUCGAUUUCGAUCCAACUUCUUUUUCUUAUUAUCUCUUUCUUCAUUCAUCAUGACUGAUUCUACACUCCAUCAACGUAUUCCUCAUUCUCAAUCAAAUCCUCCCAUCAUUCAUCUUUCUAGAUCUUCAUCUUCAUCUUCUCUAUCAAAUCAAGAUACACUUUCAAGCUUUACUCCACCUGAUUUUACUAUCAAAGAACUUUUGGCUGCAAUUCCUUCUCAUUGUUUUGAAAGAUCAGCUAUUAAAAGUUUUAGUUAUUUGAUUUGGGAUCUCUUUUUAUCUAGCGUUUUGAUUUAUGCAGCUAGUUUUAUUGAUACCAAAUUUGGUGGAUCGGGUUCAAUUAUCAAUGGUCAUUUAGGUCGAUUGGUUUCAUUGGCUGCUUGGUCUCUUUACGCUUAUUCAAUCGGUUUGGUUUGGACAGGUAUUUGGGUCCUUGCACACGAAUGUGGUCAUCAAUCCUUUUCAACUUCAAAGACUCUUAAUAAUACAGUUGGAUGGUUCUUACAUUCGGCUCUCUUGGUGCCUUAUCAUUCUUGGAGAAUCACUCAUUCUCAACAUCAUGCUGCUACUGGUCAUAUGUCUCGUGAUCAAGUCUUUGUUCCUAAGACUCGUACUCAACGUGGUGUUAAACCUCUUCCAGAGAAUGCUACCAAACGAGAACGUGAUGGUGCACUCGAUCAAAGUUUGUAUGAGAAGAUGGAUGAUUUGCUUGAAGAUGCUCCGAUCUACGCUCUUAUUAACUUGACUAUCCAACAAUUGGUCGGAUGGCCUGCAUAUAUCUUGAUGAAUGCGUCUGGUCAAGCUCGUUAUCCAUCAUGGACUAACCACUUCAACCCUCAAUCGAUCAUGUUCGAUAAACGACACCGAUCUCAAGUCCUCUUAUCUGAUCUCGGUAUCGGUAUCAUGUUCACCAUCCUUUUCCUCUUCGGUUUACGUACUAGCUUUCUCAAUGUUGUCAAGUACUAUGUCGUGCCUUAUUUCUGGGUCAACCACUGGCUAGUCUUGAUUACCUACCUUCAACACACCGAUCCUAAUCUUCCACAUUACCGAGAAGGCGCUUUCAACUUUCAACGAGGAGCCUUAUGUACCAUUGAUCGAAAGAUUCAUGGGUUCUUCUUUCAUGGAAUUGCUGAGACUCAUGUAGCUCAUCAUCUUUGUUCCAAGAUCCCACAUUACAAUGCUUGGGAUGCUACUGAAGCUCUUAAGAAGAAACUUGGAGAUCAUUAUAUGUCUACCGACGAAAACUUCUGGUACAGCUUAUGGAAGAGUUACACCCAAUGCAGAUUUGUUGAAGAUGAAGGAGAUGUAGUGUUUUACAAGAACGCUAAAGGGAAAGCGAUGAGAAGAGUAGUGAUUUCAGAUAAAAAGGAUCAAUUGAGUGAUUCAGGUGUAGAUGUGGGAGAGAAGUAGUAACAUCUAUUUGACUGCUUCGAAUCACUUUAUGAUUUUGUUAGAUUGAUCCUCAAAUCGUUUUAUCCUGUUUUUCUUUCUGUUUGCUCUUUAUACUAUUUUUUUACUCCGAUUUAUAUUAGAUAGAUGAAGAGGGUGGGUGAGGAAGGGUUUUUAAUUCUUGUUGAAUUUAGAAGAUGAAUGAUGGACUGAGUUGGGCAAGCUAAAAAUCAUGAGUAAAUGAUCAUGACUCGUGUGUUAGAUUUAUGAAGUUUUAGAAUUAGACAGUUUGUCUUGAAAAGUUGUAUUGAUCAGGCUAUAGUAGCCUUACAGAAUGAUCAAGUUUAGAUGUUUUGUUCUUGUCAUAUGAGCUUUGAGAAGAUUCAUCAGUAAAUGGUAUAAACACUUUGCAAGGUUACAAUAAGGUUCUUUUGUUGAAUCAAUGAAGAUGUGUUGUAAUUCUUUACAGCUUCUAGAGAUGAGAAGAUUUGUGACAACU